GAAUCUCAAUUAUUUAAAAUAAAGAACAUAAAGAACGCAAUAUUAAUCGAACAAUACACGCAAGACAAUUGGGUUUUCUUGGAAGCACAGUUUAUAAUUAUUCAAAUUCCAAAUUGCUAUUCAAA